AUGGCGGGCUCCGGGGGGCUGUCGGAGUGGUCGGAGGGUGCGUCGGUGUGGUUUCAGCCACCUGGCGCCGCCGCACCACUGCCCGGAGAGCUGGUGGAGGUGCACCGCGCCGCAAGAGUGCUGCUGGUCUCCGCACAUCUUAAUGGACAGCCUCAAACCUUUGCCCUACAAAUGGGCAAUGGUGAAGAUGAAGGGGAUCCCGUCUGGCCCCGCGAGGAGCUGGGCCCCACUGGUGUGGACGACAUGACGAGGCUCCACGACCUCCACGAAGCGGCCCUACUGUGGAACUUGAAACUACGAUAUGAACAAGGGUUGAUAUACACAUACGCCGGCUCCAUAUUAGUAGCAGUAAACCCUUACAGACCUGUCGACGCAUUGUAUGGCCUGCAGACUGCAAGGAGGUACCACGCAGCAGAGGCGCUAGGCGAUCUCCCACCACAUUUGUUUGCCAUAGCGGCGGCUGCUCGCGCGGCCCUUCCACAGCCUCAAGCUAUAUUGAUCUCCGGCGAGUCUGGUGCGGGAAAGACUGAGUCCACUAAACUGGCCGUCCAGUUCCUCGCCGCAGUCGCCCCCGCACCGCCCGGCAGGGCUCCCGUCUCCGAACAAAUUCUCGAAGCAGCUCCUUUAUUGGAAGCCUUCGGAAACGCAAGAACACCAAAAAAUCACAAUUCUAGUCGCUUUGGAAAACUCUUAGAAUUGUAUUUCAAAGAUGGCUCCUUAGCAGGAGCUAGAGUAGCACACUACUUGCUAGAGAAAUCUCGAAUAGUCACACAGUCUCCUGGAGAGAGGAACUAUCACGUAUUCUAUGAAUUACUUGCUGGAUUAGACGAAGAACAAAGGCGGGCCCGAGGUCUACUGACUGCUGAGCACUAUUUCUACUUGAAUCAAGGAGGAGACUCCGGCGGUGCUGGCGCUGGCGCCGAUUGGUCUGCACUAUGUGGUGCUAUGCAAGUUCUUGGUAUCGGUGACGCAGAGAGAGAAGACAUUAUUAGGGUUUUAGCAGCCGUGUUGCAUUUGGGAAAUGUAUAUUUCCACAGACGACAGCUACGACACGGUCAAGAAGGAGUUCAGUUAGGCGGGGGCGCUGAAGUACGUUGGGCUGCCCACUUGCUGAAGGUUCCUGCAGAGGCGAUGGCCCGGGCCCUCACCACACGAGUGACUGCAGCCAGAGCGGAGCGCAUGCGGUCACCACUGCCCAUCGACCAGGCGCUAGACGCGAGGGACGCGUUCGCUAAGGCACUCUACUCCUCCCUGUUCAGCUGGCUAGUACUGCGCAUCAACUCGAUAGUCCACCGCGCCGGCUUACACGAUGCUCACAGAAUUUCUCUCCUGGACAUCUUUGGAUUUGAAGACUUGGAAGAGAACUCUUUUGAGCAACUUUGCAUAAACUAUGCUAACGAAACUCUGCAACAUUAUUUCAAUAAGCACAUAUUUAAAUUGGAGCAGCAGGAGUAUCAGAAAGAACGUUUGGAGUGGUCGAAUUUAACUUGGAAUGAUAAUUCUCCUGUGAUACAAUUGCUAAGUAAGAAGCCAGUGGGUAUCCUGCACCUGCUAGACGACGAGAGCAACUUCCCGCGGGCGUCGGACGCCUCGUUCCUAGAGAAGUGCCAUUACAACCACGCGUUGAACGAACUUUAUUCGAGGCCAAGACUGGGAGCUAGCGAAUUCGGAAUCAGACACUACGCUGGUCAGGUGUGGUACAACGUGGACGGGUUCCUGGACAAGAACCGGGACGCGCUACGAGCUGAUGUCCUGGAGUUACUGUGCAGCAGUGAGGUUCCCCUCGUGGCCGAGAUGUCCACGCAACUGAGGGCACAACAUGACGCCAAUAAGACCCUCCCGAGAGGAGCCAAUGGAAGAUUCGUUACUAUGAAACCGAGGACGCCUACAGUUGCGGCUAGGUUCUCAGACAGCCUCCACCAGCUUCUAGAAUCGAUGUCGCGCUGCAACCCUUGGUUCGUGCGCUGCAUCAAACCGAACACGGACAAGUCUCCCAUGAAGUUCGACAUGCCGUGCGUACUGGCACAGCUGCGCUACACAGGCAUGCUCGACACCAUCAAGAUCAGACAGACUGGAUACCCCAUCAGAAUACCUUUCCAGAACUUCGUUGAGAGAUAUAGAUACCUGUUAAAGUCAACUCCGUCUCGCUCGACUCCAUACAGGGAGAUCUGCAACUCCAUACUUGCGGAGAUGCCACCCACCGGCGCAGUUGGUGCGGACUACCAGUUAGGUGCAGCCCGAGUGUUCAUAAGGGAGGCGUUACACAGGGCGCUGGAGCGAGCGCGCGCUGACAAACUGCGCGCCGCCGCUACCAAACUACAGGCGCACUUCAGAGGAUACUUAGCAAGGAAACGCUACGAACAGCUGCAAUACGCGACAGUGCGCGUACAGUCGUGGUGGCGCGGCGCGGCGGCGAGGCGCCGGUACCUGGCCGUGCGGCGCGGCGUGGUGCGCGCGCAGGCGCUCGUGCGCGGCCGCCGCGCGCGCCGCCGCCUGCACGCGCUCAGGGAACAACACCGCCGGCGGGCAGAGGCACAACAACUGGCUGCUAAACGUCGCGCUGCAGAACAGAAAGCAGCACAAAAAGCGAAGGCUGAGAGUUUGCAAGUGCUGGAAGUUCCAGCUGAACUCGCCUUCAUACUCUCCAAGCUGGAUGAGUGGCAGCCACCACACACUGAGAGGAAUCUCGCCAAGGUAUCAGGUGAUGUAUAUGCUGAAGAGGAACGAAUCCAGCUCCCACGCGACCUCCAGCAGUUUGCUUUUUCCAAGUUCAGCUCGGUAUACUUCGCUGAUGGUGGACACCUCAGCCCAAAGAAACAUCCGAUCACCAGGCCCUUCUUAGCAAAGGCUGCUGUCAGGGACCAAGAUUUUAACGACGCAGUGGCAACGUUCAAACUCAUAUUGAGAUGGUGCGAUGAAACUGCCGCUGGAAACGAAGCCAGGCAGAAGGUGUUAGCAGAUUACAUAGCAUCUCGCGGUCUGCAAUCCCGUGGUCUCCGCGACGAGGUGCUGGUACAGAUCUGCAACCAAGCGAGUGGGGAGACCUCGUCCGAACGAGUAUGGCAGCUCAUGGCGCACUGUCUGUCUGCCUUCCAACCAGGACCUGCAUUACACAAAUACCUACUGCGGCUAGUGUCGGAGCGCGCCCCGGCGUCGUGCCGCGGGCAGUUGCUGCGGUCGCUGGGCAGCGGCGGCGCGGGCGCGGCUCGCUCGGCCGCCACGCCGCGCCGCGCGCCGCCCACGCUGCUCGAGUGGCGCGCCGCGCACCUCCACGCCAGGCCCGCGCUGCCGCUGCGACUCUAUGACGAUUCAGUGCACCACGUGAGCGUGGACUCGUGGACCUCGUGUGAGCGCGCGGCGUCGGCUGCACUGGCCGCCGCCGGGGUACACAACAACGCUACUGGGUGGUCACUCACCAUGGAACAUAAUGGACAACUCACUGAAUGGGCUGGUUGUGAGUUCGCCCUGGACGCAGUGGGUGAGAUCGAGACAUGGGCAGCUUUACCUAGCGUUCGGUCAGAGGCACUGCGUGCGCAGGCGCAGGGCACGCGGCACACUCCGCCCGCACCGCCGCCACGAGCGUCGUCUGUUGACACUGAGAAAUCAAGCAGACCACAGAUCCCACCACCGGAGCCACCAAAAUCUCGCUCCCCAAGUAUACCACGUAUGCUACAAGACUCCAUUAUCGAUGAAGACGGCUCAGAAUACAACUGGAACAUAGAGAAACGAGAGGAGUCACAUACAACGAAACACACGACUGAAUACUCUAAGCACACUGAAUACUCGAAGCACAGCAACGAAUACUCCAAACAUAGCAACGAAUAUUCUAGAAAGACUUCCCACGACGUACUGUCGCGGGAGUCCGCACUCAACGAACGAUACUUCGAACAAACCUCCGACAAAGUCCGCAGCAGAUCUUUAGAUAAUCUCCUAGGAGACAACCCUGCCCCACCACCGAACAAACUAGCAGAUUUAGGGCUGUCUCAAUCAAGACUGAAUGAUAGAUACCACUCCGUGGAGCGUUUAGUAGGCGCCCCCAGCGUGGCAAGUAGUAAAGGAGGCAUGGAAAUGGAAUAUGGAACAGGAUCGCGCGUGCUGCCCUCUAGGUACAUAAAGUCACAGUACGCUGGUAAACGCGCGCCAGCCGGCUCGCAGUCAAGUCGUGCAUAUAUUGAGAAGAGCUCAGAAUUUGGAGGUGUCAGGUCAUCAGCUAUGUCAGACACUUCUGAAGCGCCAAGUCUCGCAUCGCAUGUGCGUCGAGUCCGCGUUCCCAGCCAGGCGUCCGACGUGGACCAGUUCUUGGACGACCUGUUCUCUCCUGUGCUAGACCCCAACAUAGACGAACUCUCCGAUGCACGGUCGCUCGCUGCCAGCAUCAAGGGAGGCAGAAAUUACAGCGAUUUCAUCGACAGCGUCCUCAACUGCGAGUACAAUGAACAAAUAGAAACUUUGAACAAUGUUGCUGAAGUACAACAGCUGAUCAAAGGUGGAGGGAAAGAAGACAAGGACAAAGGAAGAACAAGUAGGAAGGAGUCUAGUGUGGACUCUGUCGAUGAUUAUAUCACAAACUUAUUCGAUCCAAUCUUCAUGAACGAUAGCUUAAAACGUCUCACUGACGGCGAAGGACUUUCUGGUGCCAUAAAAGGAGGUGGAGCCACUCCAAGAGGAGCUGCUGCAACGACGUCUACUCUUAGUUUCGGAGCUAUGCCGCUCCCGCCUACAAUGCCAUCUACUCCUGAAGCGCUGGCCGCCGCAUUAGGGCUCCAUCUACCACCUCCUGGCACAGUUGAUAUCAACGCGUAUCAUCAAAACUUACAACGUGCAUUCCUGCAGAGCGCGAUGGCACAAAAUCUUCAAAUCCAACAACAACUGCUUGCUCAGAACCAAGCUCUGCAAACACUAUUAGCUGGUCAAGUAGUUGAGCCAUCAGAGUCGGAGCCUACAUCUCCGGUUCGUUCUUCAACCGUCGUUCAUGCUCAAGUUCAUUCUCCACCGAGGAGAGAGGUGAAGUUACGACGAGAGUCAAAUGAGAGUAUGUCAGCUGGGGCUCCACCACCUCCACCACCACCAAUGCCUCCGCCACUACACUCGACUGAUCCUUUAGAAAUAAAAGGUUUUGUGGAUCCAUACGGUCGGGCCAAGACUGUGCGCAUCGGUAAAUGGCGGUGGCCCCCUCCAAAAGAUGCAGUUGGUCAGGAACAAGCUCAAGAUUUUACCAAAUUCAAAUUACGUCAAAUUCAGAGACGUCACACGCCGCAGUCACAGUCCAACGGCAUGGAACAUGAACCACCCCGAGGUAGAUCUAAGUCAGAAACAACGCCAGGUAUUGAGUGGGAAGAAUUUGAAGUAGACGGACCAGUAGUGUCACCAAGCAGAGAACCACCAAAUCAACGCACAGCUAGGCGAAGCUUCGAAAUCGGAGCUCAACGUCCAUCUCCUGGUAGCGUAGGCAAACUCAAAUUGAGUUCUGAAAUGAGACAAAGAUUAGAACGAGUUACCGCGAAUCAUUCUGUACGCAGUACAUCUUCAGCUGCGGAGACUCCUCGUACUAUUAACAAAUUAGAAGAUACAAGAAAGUUAAUGCUUGAGCGUCAGUUAGGUGGUGGGGCACGAUGGGAUGCACCACCCCCACCAUUACCCCCUGCACCGCCAGGGCCUGCGCCUCCACCACCAAUGUCACCUCCCACACCCCCUGAUGGUCCAGCGCCUCCUCCUCCCGCUCCUGACGCGUCCUCUACAUUUGCACAACUACGGCGAGACAGAGACACGUUCGGUGUACAUCAAAACAGAGAAGCAGAUGACCGUCAUGCUUUCCUAGCGAACUGGAAUUCUCGACGUAGGGAAGAAUCUGAGCCUCCACGAGAUGACUUAGCGACUCGGUUCCUAACAGCCGACCGUCGUCACUCUGAACGUCGAGUUAAUGAUUGGGGCGAUGAGUCUGACGUGCGCAGCUACGACGAUAGAGGACAGGGUCGAGACGAGUGGGAUUCUGAAUCAGGACACGACACGACGGGCCGUCGGGAUAGAGACAACUAUACUGGUCGACAGGCGUCGGAGAUUUACGAAGUGCACACCUCAAGAACCGAACGCAGGAAAGAAGAGAAUGGUAUAAUAGAAGACUCGUUUGAACGCAAACGAUCUCCGUUCUACGACGACUUUGAAAGAUUUGAUGGCAGGAAAAAUUCUCGAGACAUGCUCGUAGGAAGAGCAAGAGAAAGUCCGCGGUCUGACAUAAUGUUUCCUCAGGAGAACAGGGAAACUAAAACAAUGGAACGAGCGACAUUUAAGACGCACAUGGCACAGAAGGAGAGAGAUAGGAAGAUGGAGGCGGAGAGACGUCAUUCGGUGUCUACACACGUCACCGACAGAACUGAACACAUUGAACGUGACGUGCCAGCACCAGCAGCUCUACUCCCAUCAGACCGUUCGUUCCUCACGUACAGCCGCGUGCCCUGGAAGUUGCGCGUGCGCAAGGAAGUGUUCACACCUCUGGAGACUUACAACGACCCGGCCAUAUUAGAUCUACUAUAUGCACAAAUUGUCCACGACAUAAACUCGAACCUGCCGUCCCUGCGCAUCAGUUCGAGCGAGCGUCGCGCGGGCGCCGCGUGGCUCCGGUCGCAGGGCAGCGCCCCGGCCCGCGCGGCCACCAAGCGCCAGGCCGUGGAGAUGGCGCGCUCCUGGCCAUUCUACUUCGCCAGGCUAUUCGCUGCUCGAGUGCCGCCUGGAGAGAAUGCUGUCCUAGCUGUCUCACAUAACGCUGUCACUAUUGGAGUUAAAGGACCCACCGGCCUGACGAUCCGCCGCAGCCUGUCACUCAGUGGUCUCCGAGCCUCAUCAUCAGCGCCUCACUCCCUGCAGCUGUCGUCGUCCCGCGAGGCGCCGCUAACACUACAUGUUCCACUGGCACAUCAUGCGCAUGCGCUCAUUGCUGAGUACGCACUGCAGUAUACUCAGGUUCAACCCAAACCUACCACAAAUGGAGUUACAAAGGAACGCGUCUCAGAACGUGAAACAAGAGAGACAAGAGAGUCCAGAGACUCUAGGGACUCUCGGGAAAUACGCGAAUUACGAGAAACGAGAGAUUCCAGAGAAGAGACGGACCAUGUCGAAAGAAGAGCACAGACUACAUCGCCAGUACCACGAGAAAGAGAUAGAGAACGAGAGAGGGAGAGGGAUAGAGACAGAGAUAGGGAUAGGGAACGAGAAAGGGAGAUGAGGGAAGAGAGGAGAGACCAGUCAACGCCACAGCACGAUGGCAGACAUCCGCUGUUGCAGUUUGCCGUCGACCACUUCAGACAGAGCCCAGAGCUAGAAAUCCUGAAAGCGGAUUCUUCCCUCAAGAGCAAAGCGAAACGCAACGAAUGGACAUGGAAGGCACAGACGGACGUGGUGAAAUGGCAAGCAACGCCACUGCGCGCACCUCUACUGCGCCUCCCGGCUGCACUGGCGCCACCUGCGCUCGAGUGCUUCACAUGUGUCCGCGCAUACUGCGGCGACCUGCAGCCCAAUGAGAGGCAGAUGCACCAGGACUUGACUGAAGUGAAAUGUGUUUACACUGUGCUGAUGCACUGCCACUCAGUACCAGAACUCCGUGACGAGGUGUACUGUCAGUUGAUGAAACAGACAACUUCCAACCGAUCACCAUCAGGAGACUCUUGUCAACGAGCCUGGAGACUCAUGUCCAUACUAGCAGCAUAUUUCACUUGCUCUGACACACUAAGGCCGUUCUUGGUAGAAUACCUGUCGGCCGCAGCAGCAGACCGGAGGCGACCGUGCCAAGGUACGGCUGCCGUAUGUCUCGCCAACUUGCGCAAGACGCUGCGCUGUGGCGGCAGGAAGAAUGUACCCAGUGUUGAGGAGGUGACAGCAGUAUCGGCGGGUCGUUCCGCACGUCGUCAGUUGUACCGACUGCCGGGCGGAGCUGAGAGAGUUGUCAACACGCGCUGCGCUACUGUCGUGCAGGACAUCGUCAACGAGCUCUGUGAACUGAUCGGAGUGACGAGCGAGGCCGAGCGCGCGGAGUUCUCCCUGUACUGCAUCGUGGCGGGCGACGCGCUGACGAUGCCGCUGGCGGGCGACGAGUACGUGCUCGACGUCACCACCGAGCUGCAGCGCGCGCACCACCCCUUCUACCUCAUCUUCUGCCGCUCCGUCUGGCACCAUCCGCUCAGGAAUGAUGCUCCGCCGCUCUAUACUGAAGUACUCUUCAAUCAGGUGGCUCCAGACUACCUAGAAGGUCUGCUACUGGUGUUACCGGGUGGCGGAGUCCCACCUGCACCAGUGUUACGUGACGUGGCUCUAGUAGCUGCACUACUACACCGUGCAGCAGGCCUGGCUGAGGGGGCGCAGGCCCGCGACCUCAAGUUCUUGCUACCGAAGCCCCUGCUAGCGCUCCGGGAGCCCCGCCCCAACAAGUGGGCCUCGUGGCUCGGAGCUGAGUGGCAACAUGUCAGGACACUGUCCCCUGCUGCCGCAAAGGCCAAAGUAUUACAGGUAUUGUCCCGCUGGCCGCUGUUCGGGUCGUCAUUCUUCGCAGUGCGGCGCGUGUCGGGCGGCGGCGGCGCGGACUGGCGCGAGCACGUGCUGGCGCUCAACCGGCGCGGCGUGCAUCUACUGCACCCACACACGCACGAGACUGACACGCACUGGCCAUACGCAGAGCUCAUCAGCACCAGGAAGGUCCGGUCGGAGGACGGCACCCUGUUCCUGGACGUGAAGUGUGGGUCCCUGCUGCAGCAGCGCGUGACGCGGCUGCAGGCGGAGCAGGCGCACGAGGUGGCGCGCCUCGUGCGGCAGUACAUCGCGCUGCAGCGGGACCAGCGGCACUCGCCAGCUUUCAACAAUUGA